CAGGGCAGACAAGCAUCCGUAAUGAAUGCGCAGAACACACUUUGAUAGUCUUCCCUCUGCAGAUGCACCUCCCUCCCAAGAAGAACUCCCUCCAUGUCCCGAGCUCCACGCUGACUGUAAUAGUCACUGGACGAAGGACGUUCGGUGGCGCGUCCCAUUCACCAACGACCGGCCUCUCUCGCUCGUCUCGUUCUUAAGCGAUCUCUCCCCGUUCCGUGUCGGUUGCAUCUUCGCCCACCUCUUGAAAACCUCUCCGGAGUCUCGAGAACUCCCAUCAGAUUUGGCAUUUCUGGCCGUGAUUUGAUCGUUCCAUGAGCAGCGGAGUCGAGAGCGAAUCGGCAUGAAAAGACCCAUGUCGAAUUUCGGGUCGCAGGCGAUGCGGGUGCUUUCGGCAUUAUUUGGAGAUAAGACAGAAGAGAAAAUGGGGAUGAGGAACAAAUACCGGAAACCAACUACUUUGCAUUGCAAUGCAGGGAGCAGAUGUUCAGCCUUCGCUAUAGUAUGGAGCUUCAUGGGGUGUCUUGUUCUACUUCAUCUGAUCUCAGUAUUUCAAAAAGAUGCCGCAAACAAAGGAAAUUAUUUGCGAACAAGUAACCGUCCCAUAUAUCUUGAACUUGAGACGGUUGAGGAGGACAAUUUUCAAAUUCCACCACCUAAAGGAAAGCGUUCACCACAUGCCACUAGGAACCCAAAAAAGAAUAGGAGAACUCACCCUAUAGUUGAUGAGUUUCUCAAUAAGAAAUCCCAAAUUAGGCAUGUCUUUUUCCCUGACAAGAGAACUGCCAUUGAUCCAAUGAAUAGUGCAGCAAAUGACAGUUUUUACUACUUUCCGGGUAGAGUAUGGUUAGAUACUGAGGGAAAUCCCAUUCAGGCUCAUGGUGGUGGGAUCCUGUAUGAUGAGAGAUCGGGGACAUAUUACUGGUACGGAGAGUAUAAGGAUGGACCUACAUACCAUGCCCACAAAAAAGGAGCAGCAAGGGUCGAUGUGAUAGGAGUCGGAUGUUACUCAUCCAAGGACUUAUGGACGUGGAAAAAAGAAGGGAUUGUUCUGGCAGCUAAAGAAACAAACGAGACCCACGAUCUUCACAAGUCCAAAGUCCUCGAAAGGCCUAAGGUGAUUUACAAUGAGAAGACUGGGAAGUAUGUGAUGUGGAUGCACAUUGACGAUGCUAACUACACCAAGGCCUCUGUGGGUAUUGCCACAAGCGACUACCCUACUGGCCCCUUUGAUUAUCUCUAUAGUAAACGGCCUCAUGGGUUUGAUAGUAGGGACAUGACCAUAUUCAAAGACGAUGAUGGCAUAGCUUAUGUCAUGUAUUCCUCAGAAAACAAUAGCGUACUACAUGUCGGACCCCUCACCGAGGAUUAUCUCGAUGUGGCCCAUGUCAUGAGGAGGAUACUUGUGGGACAGCAUCGGGAAGCUCCGGCAUUGUUUAAGUACGAAGGGACUUACUACAUGAUCACGUCUGGGUGCACCGGUUGGGCCCCGAAUGAGGCGAUGGCCCAUGUGGCGGAAUCAAUUAUGGGACCUUGGGAGACCAUUGGGAAUCCAUGCAUAGGCGGGAACAAAAUGUUUCAGCUCACCACGUUCCUCGCUCAAAGUACAUUUGUCAUUCCAAUGCUGGGUCACCCUGGCGCUUUCAUCUUCAUGGCAGAUCGGUGGAAUCCAGCUGACUUGAGGGACUCUAGGUACGUAUGGCUUCCUUUGCUUGUCGGGGGUCCAGUGGAUGGACCCCUUGAGUACAGUUUUGGGUUUCCUUCAUGGUCCAGGAUGUCGAUCUAUUGGCAUAGGAAGUGGAGGCUGCCUAACGGAUCGAGUUCAUCAACGAAGUAAGGGUGUUUUUCACGAGGAAAAAAAAGGAUCUGUGUAUGUCGUCCAUCUUCUUGAUCAUUCUUUCAUUGGCUUACAUAUCUUUGUGGCUGGAGGCUAGAGCAGUUUCUGGUUUGGAGCUAAUGGUGGUAACGCGCUGAGCGGACAGCAUUGUCAGUGUAGUUUCUUCUUUUUAUACGUUCAGGCGAUGUGCAUAUUUCACCGAGUAUAUCUUUACAGAUGAAUGUUGUUUUUUCAUGAAUAUUUCAAUCAGUUAAGCAAGCAA